ACCCUGCUGGCUUUGCAGGGGGAACAUGCCGUGCUGUUUCUGGCUGAACUCUGAAACUGAGGGGCCGCAAGCUACUUAUAGCUUUAGCUGCGGAGCUGGGGGUCCCAGCGUGAAGGUCAUAACAAGCCCACAGAAGCAACAAGGCAAACUCUGGUCAGUGUUCCUGUUUAAGGAAAAGUCAUGUUUGUUUUACUCAGGAAAAUAAGGCGGGCAAGUGAAACAGCUGCCUCUGUCCUACAAAGAGCAGAUUUCUGCAGCGAUUCAGAAAUCCGCUCACUGACCAGAGAAGACCUGCAUGAGCUGUUUCCUGGAGCAGAGAAUCUGAAGCUGAGGAGGACAAUCUUCAGGAUAAUACACAAAAAGAAACCACUCAACAGUCUUCUGAGGGAACUCAAAAGUUUAAUUUCGCAUACUACUUUAAAUGCUGCACCAUCUAAAAACACGGUUUUGACUGACUACCUCCAUGUCCUGAGGAAUCUGCAGACUCAACUAAAUCAUGUUCAGAGUUUUCUGGAAGCUCAUAUUGGUCUGCUGGAGGACAUCAGAAAAACUCAGGUGGAGCAGGAACAAGGGGAUUUGCCAGAAACAAGCAGCUCUGCCGCCUGCAUCCAAACGCACCGCCACCCCAGCCAAGCUGAUGUCCACCCGGCUCAAUUGAUGUACCAGAUGAUAGUCAGUGGUCGAACCUGGGAUGCCCAUCUUCAGCUGAUGACCAAGGUCCAGGCUCACCUUCAGGAUCGUGUUCAGCUCGUUUCAUGCAGCCAGAAUGGCCAGAUCGUCUUUGUUUUCUGCCACGUCGGCUCACAUGCCAGGGCGGAUGUUGAUGCUGCCAUGACUGGUAUAAGUGAUGAUGUACCUGUCAUUCUAGUGCGGCUGCAUCACGUGCAGGAGGUCAAUCAAACUACAUCAAUCACAACGUGGUUUUUUCACUCGAAUGUUGUUCUGCAAAUCAAUGUUUUUUUCCACGUGGCAACUCAUGGUUUGUUAAGAUGUCGUCAAAAUUCAGCCGCUUUCUCACAGAUACAAAAUAAAUUAUUGGAGCUCAGUUCAAGUGUACAGAGAAGGGCAACUGUUUGUCCUGAUGAUGUGAGGGGCUCUUGUUCUGGAAGUGGUGGUAGUGAUUUCGAUUUUAAGCUGUUUGGUGGUAGUGGUUGCAGUAGCAGCAGUAGCAGUAGUAGUAGCAGUGACGGUGAAACUAAAAGUAUUUGGGAGGGUGGUGAGUAGAACAGCUGACUGUUCAGAUUUUAUCCCUUAAAGGACCAGUAAAAAAUAGCUUUUCAUUUGUUUCAUUACAUUAGUAUUUUUAACAUAACUUGUCAUUUAUAUCUUUCAAAUGCAUUUUUUGAAUAGUGUAGUUGGUGAAAGGAGCACAUGUAUAAGAAAAGGGAAUUACUUUUACUUUUACUGUUGAAUGUUCAAUCUUCUCCCACCAAGCCUGGUCUUCUGCUUUGUGGGUCCCACACCAUCAGUUCAUGACAGUGUUUUACAUUUAUACUUUAUGUUUACAAGCCAUCAAUGACAGUCACGUGACACUUUUGAAUAAUUAAAUAAAAUAUUUGAUCAGACUACUUGACUUCAACUGUUUGUUUAAACUGCAUUGAUUUACAGGUGAAACUUGCAGCGAAAUAAUUAUCAUUUGUAUGUAUUUCAUAAAGAUAUGUUUGAAAUUAGUAGAAUAAAAUAAAAUUGUGUUUCAUCAAGUGAUUGGCGUUUCUACAUCUUUAUUCGUUUGAUAAGCCUCAGGCUCCUCCCACAUUUACGUCAUCAGUGCCUAACGACUCAGAAAUCAGUUUCACUUUCUCGUAACUCAAAACGAGAGUCACAUGUGGCUCCGGAGCUUCAGGUUGCAGACCCCUGGUUUAGUCAAACCUGGUAUUUUCAGAGGCAGAUUUCCAAACGGACUCAGAGAUCCAGACCCUGACUCUGGAAAACCUGCAUGAACUCUUUCCUGGACAAGUGAAUCUAGAGCUGAGAAACACAAACUUUGAAAUUAUUCUCAUGGAGAAGCCAACACAUCGGGAAGAACCUGAAGCUGUUACCCAACAAUACUCUGUCAGGGAAAGAGGAGCUUUCACCAGCGGUGUACUGUCAAUUUGUCAAUAUGUCUUUGGUCUUCUAACUCGAGUAGUAAGACGAAGGUUCGGGUGGUUACUGUUCAUUCCUCCCUGUGUCAUUUGUCUUCUAUCUUCAGAUACAGUAAGACGAAGGUUCAGGUGGAUAUUGUCCAUUCCUCACCAUGUCAUUGAACGUCUAACUCCAGAUACAGUAACUGUGAGCUACAAGAUGGUGGUCAGUGGUGAAACCUUUGGUGCUCAUCAACAACUUUUGGACAUAAUUAAGACUCCAGUCUUAAAGAUAAAUAAUGAAGAGAGCCGCAUCACCAUCGUUUUCUGUCCUGUUACGUCUCGGCACGGAACAGAUGCUGAAGCAGCCAUGAGGACGGUUCCAGAUGGUGAUUCUGUCAUUUUGGUCUUGAUGCAUUACUCCCAAGAGCCCAAACAUGUUUCUUCUUCAAAAGUCUUAUCUAGUUACCCUAAUGUUGUCCUGGAGGUCAAUAUUUUCUACCAUGACAAAAAGAACGGUUUAUUGAAGUGCAGACAAAAUGAAAAUGCUGUUACUGAGUUAAAGGAAGAACUAAAGGAGUACAGCAGACCACAGCGUUCUGGAUCCAACCAUGUUAAUCGCAGGAACAGAUGUGCUAUCCUCUGAUGUGUUGUUAGUGUUGGUAGUGCAGUUUUUGUAACAAGAUAAAGGUACGUAAUACUAUAAAAAACUGUAAGUAUUAACUGCACAGACGGGUUUAAAUCAAGAUCUUGUUUCAAAUUAAAUAUAAAAUGAGACAGUUCCAAAUUUAUUUCUGUCCAUAUUUACUUUUUUAUUCAUAAAUAAAGAAAUUAAUUUGUGUUGUUGCAUAAGGUUUAACUUACAAAAUAUAAGUAUUCUGUUGUUUGCUGCAGAAAUGUGUGGUUAUGGAGGGGAAGGAAUAAAGGCCCUACCUAUGUUGAUUAAGUGAUAGUUUUCUAAUAUUUCAUUCAUGGUGUAAAUUUUCUGUCAUGUCUUAGCUUGUUUCUCUCAUGUUUGCAGUAACAUACUGUAAAUGUGCAAAGAGUUCCUUACCCCAGCCUGUUUUCAAGAUCCAUUUUCUUUGGCUUUAAAAAACACUUGCUGUUGACACAUUUUAAUAAACAAAACAAAACAGCAAAAAUGUUCAUGUUUGUAAUAUUUUUUUAAGACUUAUAGGAACUUGGGGCAGUCAUUAACAGAUUGUGAUCAUGUGAUCAUGUGACACGCUUGACUAAUUCAAUAAAAUAUUUUAACAAACUUAUUGACUUCGCCUGUUUGUUUAAACUGUUUAAAUUUACAUUGAACAGUCCACAAUUUUGGUAAAUGAGAGUAAUUAGCAUUUUUUUAAACAUAUUAAUGUUCUGGAAAGCUUGUGUUUUUUGUCUUUAAACAGUUUUAUUAGCCUGUAGGUUCCUCCUACAGCUCACAAGUUACUUUCACUUUCUCUUAACUCUAAAUGGUGAGUUGACUUAACACCUGUAAAUGUUCAUUAUAGUUGGGUGUUACAUUUUUGCUUUUACGCUUAAAUUAAUUGUUUCACAAAUCUUUAUAAAGUCUCUCCUUUUAGUGUCUCCUCUGUGUUUUUAGUUUUUUUAAGACUUCAGAAAAUACAAAUCUACGACAGGUGGAUCUUCUGGACUAACAAAUAUUCUAAAAACCAAAUCUCUUCAUCCAGACGUUGGAGUUGUAGCUGAGCAACUUGAGAGGAAAAAGGACACAAAGGAUCAGCUGAAUAAUUGCAGGCUGUUCUUAAAGCUCGUGUUAAAAUGGGAGAAGACAUCAACAGAAGUCUGGAUUCUGAAAGAAGACAAUCAUCAGACAGCAAGACUACAUUGAUAAACAAUCAGAACCAAGAAAAUGGAGGAUGUUGCUCUUCGCUGUGUCAGCGCUUCAGAGAAUUUUGCUUCUGGAUAUGGCAGCUCAUCUGUAGCUGGUGCUGUAGCUGUUUACGGAAAACACCAGGAGAAUGUUGCUCCUGGAUACGGCAAUGCUUCUGUAGCUGUUGCUGUUGCUGUUCACGGAAAACACCAGUGAGAUACAAGAAGGUGGUAUGUGGUGAAACAUUUGGUGCUGAUGAACAACUUUUGGACCAGAUUCAGACUUCAGGCUUAAAUCUGACAAAUGAUGAAGAGAGCUGCAUCACCAUCGUUUUUUGUCCUAUUACGUCGCGGGCAGGAACAGAUGCUGAAGCAGCCAUGAAGAAGGUUCCAGGCGGGGAUCCUGUCAUUUUGGUCUUGAUGCAUUACUCCCAAGAGCCCAAACGCGUUUCCUCUUCAAAAGUCUUAUCUAGUAACCCUAAUGUUGUCCUGGAGAUCAACAUUGUCUACCACAACAAAAAGAACGGUUUACUGGGGUGUGAACAAAAUAAAAAAGCAGUCCUUGAGUUAAAGGAAGAACUAAAGAAGUACAGCAGCUCAAAAAGCUCUGGAUCUAAUGGUGAAAAUCAAAGCAACAGUUGUGGUUGCCAUUGUCUCAAGUGUUGUUAGUUUUGGUUGUGCAGUUGUUUUUGUAACAAAGUAAAGUUAGGUAAUAGGUUAAAGAACUGUAAUCAUUUACUGCACAGAGAGGUUAAUAUCAAGAUCUUGUUAAUAACUGAAUUAAUUUAAAUUUUUAACAAUUUAAUGCAUUUUAGCAGAGAUCCUUCUCUUGACCCAUAUUUCUUGAAAAUAUUGGUCUGCUUAUCAUUGUUGAACAUCUUUCUUUGUAGUUUUUUUUUCCUUUAAUUAAACUCAUCUGACAAACUAA